AAACUGGAGAGCAGGCAACCAACAAAGUUGGUCUUCCUACAAGUAGAGAGGAAAUGGAGAGCCAAAACCAGCUUCCGCAAGCACAGGAAUCUGGCAGCGGCACCACCUUCCUUAGAACUUGUUUUAACGGAGUUAAUACGUUAUCUGGAGUCGGAAUCCUGUCAAUUCCAUAUGCACUUUCUCAAGGUGGAUGGAUGAGCUUGAUUCUGCUUUUCCUGGUGGCAAUAUUAUGCUGGUAUACAGGAUUACUCCUUCGGCGAUGUAUGGAUGCAGAUCCAGUUAUCAAAACUUAUCCAGACAUAGGGCAGAGAGCUUUUGGAUACAAAGGAAGAGCUCUAGUAUCCAUCUUCAUGUAUCUUGAACUAUAUUUAGUAGCAGUUGAAUUCUUGAUUCUGGAAGGUGACAACCUAUACAAGUUGUUUCCAGAUAUGAGUUUGAAAGUUGCUGGUGUGAAAAUUGGAGGGAAACAAGGGUUUAUUCUGCUAACGGCCCUUGUAAUCUUGCCUACAACAUGGUUGAGGAGCUUAGGUAUGUUGGCCUAUGUUUCUGCUGGAGGUGUUUUGGCUUCUGUUGUGUUGCUUGGUUGUGUUCUCUGGGUUGGCGCUGUCGAUGGUGUUGGGUUCCACGAAGGAGACGUGCUUUGGAAUUGGGGUGGUUUGCCUACUGCCACAAGUUUGUUUGCCUUCUGUUACUGUGGUCAUGCCGUUUUCCCAACGUUGUGUAAUUCCAUGAAAGACAAAAGCCAGUUUUCGAAGGUUUUACUUGUCUGCUUUAUUACAAGUACCUUCACCUAUGCAUCAAUGGCGGUUCUGGGUUACCUCAUGUAUGGAGAAUAUUUGAAGUCUCAAGUGACAUUAAAUCUUCCCAUAAGAAAAAUUAGUGCAAAAAUAGCUAUAUACACUACUCUAGUUAAUCCCUUGACUAAGUAUGCAGUUGUCACUGCUCCAGUUGCUAAAGCCAUCGAGGACGCAUUUCGUCUCAACGACAGCAAAUCUCUCAGUAUUCUCAUAAGAACUGCAAUUAUGAUAAGCACGUUAGUGGUAGCAUUAACCAUUCCGUUCUUUGGCUAUGUAAUGGCUUUUAUUGGGGCUUUUUUGAGUGUGACCGUUUCGAUGUUGUUACCAUGCCUCUGCUACCUCAGGAUUAACAAAGCUGCUCGAACAUUCGGGCUUGAGCUGGUGGUGAUUGUGGGGAUAUUGAUUUUUGGACUUUUUGUUGCCGUAGUAGGUACAUACAUUUCUCUCAAACAAAUAAUAACCCAUCUCUGGCACUAAUGAUGCUGCUAAGCUGAUUGACAUUUAGAUCAUCAACCACUAAUGUAAUCAUUUUGCAAUAACAAAGGAUUAUAGAAAGUUUGUGCGAGCUUUUUAUAAGGAAAGAGCAACAAGAACAACUUUAUUUCUUCA